GAAAUCCAAAAUAAAAAUAAAAAUAAAUUUGAGAUCGACGACGGUUUUGUUUAGUCGCUUUGGCUGCUUACGCGUCAACAGGAAAUAGUUCUUGUAUUUGGUUCUCUUGCUUUGUCUUUAUAUAGUAAUAGUAGAUACAAUAGAUAUAACACAGUAAUCUACACGUAUCAACCAACACUAAUUACCACUUAUCAUAUACACACACCCCAAUCCCACUCUUCCUCCUCUGCGCCUCGACAUCGGCCUCGCCAAACUCUGAAAAAGACCGCAUCACCGCCCGCUGCCACUUUUAAUACACUUACGUACUCUCCCCCUUCCUUCUCUCUCUGUCUCUAUAUCUUCUGCUUCUUCUCUUGUUCUUCUCUUCAUCUUCACCAUCUCCCCCUUCUCCUCCUCCUCAUCCCCUCUUAUCUCUCUCCCCAUGCGCUUCCUCACCGUCAGGCGGCUCCCGCGCUGCCUCACCGUCGCCUUCCUCUUCGCGACCCUCGCCUUCUCCAUCACCGCCCUCCUCCACGCCAUGCACCGCGCCGAACUCAUCAACCAUCCCUACCUCGACAAAGUAUCCUCCUCCAUCGGCCUAGACACCACCCCCUUCUCCCAAUCCUCCUCCUCCUCAGACUCAUCCUCCUCCUCCUCCUCCUCCUCCUCCUCCUCCUCAUCAGACUCCGGAUCCGUCUCCAAACCCCAAGCCGACCGCAUCGUCAUCCAGAGACCAUCAGACCCCAUCCGCAUGCACGAAAACUCCAUCGUCCAAUUCGAACUCCCCGACGGCGCCGCCGGCUCUGACAUCACCAUCAAGCGCGAAAACGCGACCCUCGUCAUGCUCGUCCGCAACUCCGAAGUCCACUCCGCGCGCUCCUCCAUCCGCUACGUCGAAGACCGUUUCAACAAAAACUACCACUACCCCUGGCUCUUCCUCAACGACCGCCCGUUCUCCGCUGACUUUAUCCGCAUGACCAAAAACCUCGUCUCCGGCGUGCCUACCUACGCCCAGAUCCCGCGCGAGGCCUGGUCCAUGCCCGAAUGGGUCGACAGACAGAAAGCGCGCGAGUGCAUGCGCGAGAUGGCCAGUAAAAACAUCAUUUACGGUGGCUCCGAGAGCUAUCGGCACAUGUGCAGAUUCUUCUCUGGGUUCUUUUACCGCCACGAGAUGAUGCAAAAGUACGACUACUACUGGCGCGUCGAGCCCGAUACCCAGCUCUACUGCGAUAUCGACUAUGACCCCUUCAAAUUCAUGCGAGAAAACAAAAAGAAAUACGGCUUCGUCAUCAACCUCAAAGAAUUCGCCUCCACAAUCGAAUCCCUCUGGCCGACCGUGCAGAACUUCUCGCGCGCGCACCCAGACUACAUCCAUCCCAACAACGCGCUCGACUUCAUCGUCGACGACAACAAGAACCUCACCGAAGGAGGCUACAAUCUCUGUCAUUUCUGGUCAAAUUUCGAGAUUGCCGCGCUCGAUUUCUGGCGCGGACAGGCUUACACUGAUUUCUUUGAGACCCUCGACAAAACCGGCGGCUUUUUCUACGAGCGCUGGGGUGAUGCCCCCGUGCACUCGAUCGCCGCCUCGCUCUUCCUUGAUAAGGAGGAAAUCCACUGGUUCUACGACGUAGGAUACCGACAUCACCCGUUCACGCACUGCCCCGAACCCCGCAAGGAGUACCACGAAACCGGCAAGUGCUACUGCAACCCGACCCAGAACUUUGACCGCAACGGAUACAGCUGUACGAGACAGUACCGUCGGAUGCGUGGUGAUUUGGGUGUGCAGAAAUCAAUCAACGAGAUGAUGGCCAGCAAUGACCGUAAGCACGCUCAUCUCACCGACCAUCCGGAAUAAGCUGGAGAAAAGUUGAAGAUUUUGUUUUGAUUAGAGGCGUUUAUAUCCAAUCUUUCUAGAUUUUGAUUAAAAAGAGACUUUUGAUCCUACCUGUGUACGCUUAGUUUUGUUUCUUUUAUCUCUUGGUUGAUCUUGAUCUUGUUUUGAUUCGUUUUGGUAUUGGCUGGACAAUAGAUUACUAUGUACAUAACACAGACCACUUACAAACA